AUGGUGACGGAGGGUUCCUCUCCAAGUGUGGUGGAGAUCACACUGCAGGACGUCAAUGACAACCCGCCUGUUUUCCCUAAUGACAUUCUUGAUGUGACCAUUGAGGAGAAUGUUGGAGAUGGCUUCAAGAUAAUGCAGCUAACAGCCACGGAUGCAGACGAGGGUCCCAAUGCUCUUGUGACAUAUACAAUCAUCAGUGGGGCAGAUGACAGCUUCCGGAUUGAUCCUGAAUCAGGUGAUCUGAUUGCCACCAAGAAGCUGGAUCGGGAACGACGUUCAAAGUAUUCCCUUCUGGUGCGUGCAGACGAUGGAAAACAGUCUUCUGACAUGAGGCUGAACAUCACCGUGAAGGAUGUCAACGACCACACGCCCAAGUUCUCCCGUGUCACAUAUUCGUUUGACAUCCCUGAAGACAUGGCGCCAGGCUCCAUCGUGGCGGCGAUCCUGGCCAGCGACUCUGACUCAGGGGUGAACGGAGAGGUCACCUAUUCACUGGAGGAGGACGAUGAGGACGAGACGUUCCUCCUGAACCCGGUGACGGGUGUUUUCAAUGUAACACGUCCGCUGGACUACGAGACUCAGCAGUACUAUAUUCUGACAGCGAAGGCCCUGGAUGGAGGGGGGCAGGCCAGCACAGUCAGAGUGUAUUUCAACAUCCUAGAUGUGAAUGACAAUCCCCCGAUCUUUAACACCAGUGUGUACAGCACGUCUGUCUCCGAGAGUCUGCCGCCUGGAUCCAGUAUUGUUACUGUUGGAGCAACCGAUGCUGAUGAUGGCCUAAAUGCCCAACUCCUCUACAGAAUUGCAUCUGGUGAUCCCCAAGGCCACUUUGUCAUCACCAAGGAAGGAGUUCUCCAAACCAAGAAGGCCUUGGACAGAGAAACCCAGUCCUUCUACAACCUUAUGGUCACAGUCAAUGACCUAGCUCCAUCUCCCAUGACCCGCUUCACCAGCACUGCUCAGGUGUCGGUUAUUCUUCUGGAUGUCAACGACUGCCCGCCAACCUUUAGUUCUCAAAAGAUGACCUACAUCCAGGAGAACACACCAGUGGACACGGUCGUGUUCACCGCCCAGGCCACAGAUGCUGACAGUGGACCCAACAGCUACGUUGAGUACGCCCUCAGAGGACCCUUUGGUAACAAGUUCAGCAUCGGUACAAUUGAUGGAGAUGUCAGGUUGGUUGGGGAACUCGACCGUGAGGAGCUUUCCAACUACACUCUCACAGUCGUAGCUACAGAUAAAGGUGAACCCCCUCUGUCUUCAACAAUGGAUGUGACUAUGGUGGUUCUGGAUGUUAACGACAACACACCAAGUUUCUCACAGAAUAUCUAUGAUAUUGAGAUUGAGGAGAACACUUUGACUGGGACAGAUGUCAUCCAGGUGUUCGCAAGCGAUGCGGAUGAGGGCACCAAUGGGCAGAUCCGAUUUUCUAUCUCAGGAGGCAACACCAACUCUGAUUUCAGGAUUGAUUCAGUUACAGGGGUGAUUUCAGUGGCCAAGCAGCUGGACCGUGAGGCACGUUCAUCCUAUUCCCUGGUGGUCCAAGCUGCAGACCGAGGAAGCAGCCCCAGGGUGGACCGUACAACAGUCAACAUUGUGUUGUUGGACGUCAACGACUGCUCCCCUGUGUUUGAGCUCUCUCCUUACACUGUCCAUGUUCAGGAGAACUUGGAGAACCUACCAAAAAACAUCCUGCAGGUUGUUGCCAGAGACGACGAUCAAGGUGCCAACGGCCAGCUGAGCUACAUGCUAAGCAGUGGGAAUGAUGAGGCCGCAUUCAGCCUGUCGUCUAGCGGUCAGCUGAGCCUGACACAAACUCUGGACCGCGAGGCUCAGGGGAAAUACACCCUGCUGAUUACAGCCACUGACUCAGGUUCUCCAUCUCUGAGUGGAACAGGGACCAUAACAGUUCUGGUGAGCGAUGUGAACGAUAACGUCCCUGUUUUCACCUCCUCCAACUUCCACACCACCAUCAUGGAGGACGCCCCGACAGGGACAGAUGUGCUAUUGGUCAACAGCUCCGAUGCAGAUGUGGGCGUCAAUGGAGUUAUAAGCUACAGCCUGACUGGAGGACAUGGCCAGUUCUCCAUCAACCCGGCUACAGGACAGAUUAUUACCAGCUCCCUGCUGAAUCGAGAAGAUAGGGCCGAUUACCAACUGCUGGUUGUGGCAACAGAUGGAGGGCAGCCCCAGGGCUUGUCCAGUUCUGCCACCGUGUCCGUGACGGUGGCUGACAUCAACGAUAACCCGCCUCAUUUCCACCACCACCCUUACGUCACCCAUAUACCCGCCUCUACUGCAGCAGGGUCCCUGGUCUUUGCUGUUACUGUCACUGACGAGGAUUCAGGCUCCAACGCCCAACUGCACUAUUCCCUGAUAGGGCGCAACUCUGAGAAGUUCAAGAUUGACCCUGUCAGAGGUGCCAUCACUGCCAAUGAAAAACUAACUGGAAGCUCAGAAGUUACCCUUACAGUUCGAGUAAAAGACGGUGGAGCUAACCCCAAAACGGAUACGACCACCGUGACUGUCCGCUUUGUUACAGGAGGAAACUUCCCUGUCAUCAAAGUGAAGGAGCGUGCAUUCACGUUCCCUGAGAGCCAACCGACAAAUCACAUUGUUACAACAGUGACUGGGUCUUCUAUGAGGGGUGGACCAUUGUCAUAUUACAUUGCCAGCGGCAACCUGGAUUAUGCUUUUCAUAUUGACCAGCUAUCAGGCGAGUUGUCUAUCAGACACCCAUUAGAUUAUGAACACAUUCAGAAGUAUGUUCUCUGGAUUGAGGCCAGAGAUCAAGGCUUCCCACCUUAUUCCUCCUAUGAGAAAGUGGAAAUAACAGUACUGGAUGUGAAUGACAAUCACCCAGUGUUUGACAAGGACCCCUUCCAUGCUGAGAUACUGGAGAACCUUUCACCUCAGCGGGUGCUGAUGGUCUCUGCUGUUGACCUGGACAGUGGGCCAAAUGGACAGCUUGAGUAUGCUAUCAUUGACGGCAACAAGGAGAACAGUUUCAGCAUAAAUAGAGCAACUGGUGAAAUACGAACCACCAGGCCACUGGACCGGGAGAAGGUGGCUCAGUACACUUUGAAAGUCAAAGCCACGGACCGGGGGUUGCCACCCAAAAACACAGCAGUCAAAGUGCUAAUCAGUGUACUGGAUGUGAAUGACAACGCUCCCAGGUUUUCCAAGAUCUUUAGUGCUACAGUGGCUGAAAAUGCUCCAGUGGGUUACACUGUCACCAGAGUCACCACCACGGACGAGGAUGCUGGUUCAAAUGCCAUUAGCCGGUAUUCAAUUACAGAUAGCAGCCUUCCGUUCAGUAUUAAUCCAAACACAGGAGACAUAACAAUAAGUAGGCCACUCAAUAGAGAAGACACAGAUCAUUACAUUGUCAAAGUGUCUGCUCAUGACUCUGGCUGGACAGUAAGCACAGACGUCACUAUAUUUAUUACAGAUAUUAAUGAUAAUGCACCCAGAUUUAGUCGUCCCUCUUACUAUCUGGACUACCCUGAGCUCACUGAGAUGGGCUCCCUGGUCACACAGGUGUCUGCCACAGAUCCUGAUGAGGGUUUCAACGGCAAAAUCUUCUAUUUUAUUCGGUCUCAGUCAGAAUAUUUCAGAAUUAACGCCAGCACUGGAGAAAUAUUUGUGAAGCAGCAGUUAAAAUAUCAGAACUCAACAGGUGCUAGUAGUAUAAAUAUAAAUCGCCACAGCUUUAUUGUCACAGCCUCAGACCGGGCAGUCAAGCCUUUGAUGAGUGAGACAACAGUUAUUGUAAACAUUGUAGACAGCAAUGAUAACCCUCCUGAGUUUGAUUCACCUAGCUACUUUACCCCUGUCACUAAAAGUGUUAAGGUUGGUACAAGACUGAUUAGGAUUGUAGCUCAUGACAAAAAAGACUUUGGUCUGAAUUCAGAGGUUGAGUUCUCAAUAACAGGUGGAAACAGCUCUAAUAAAUUCAAACUAGAUAAGGCAAGUGGAUGGAUUACUGUAGCCUCGUCCCUUAUAUAUGAUAUGAAUAAAAUUUUCCUCAUUGAGAUCACAGCAAAUGACAGAGGAAAUCCCCCUUUGUCGACGCAAACAUCAGUGCGAAUUGCAGUCACAGAGGAAAACCACCAUACGCCUGAGUUCUCACAAAGCCAAAUUUCAGCUACUGUACCUGAAAGCCUUGCUGUGGGAACAGCAAUAAGGACCCUGUCUGCCAGAGACAAGGAUAAAGAAAUGAAUGGCCUUAUCACAUACAAUAUUACUUCAGGCAACGACAAAGGUCUGUUUUCACUUAAUGGUAAAACUGGAGUGUUAUCCCUAGCGCAGCCUCUGGACUUUGAAGAGAAGAAACAACAUGAGCUUAGAGUUUCAGCCACGGAUGGCGGUUGGAUUGCAAAAACAAGCUAUGUGUCUGUCACAAUACAUGUGACUGAUGUGAAUGACAACCCUCCUGUGUUUGAUCCUGAUGAGUACUUCCCCAUUGUACAGGAGAACGUUCCCAGUGGCACCACUGUGGUCAAAGUGAAUGGCAUAGACCGUGAUUCGGGAGCAAACGCAGUCAUGGCGUACGUGAUACAGUCAUCAGACAGUGACCUCUUUGUUAUUGACCCGAAUACAGGCACUAUCACCACCCAGGGCUUCUUGGAUUAUGAGGCUAAGCAGGUCUACCAUUUAACAGUAAAGGCCUUCAAUGUCCCAGACGAGGAGCGCUGCAGCUUCGCCAAUGUCAACAUUCAGCUAAAGGGAGCCAAUGAAUACGUACCCCGCUUUGUCUCUAAACAGUACUACUUUGAAAUCUCUGAAGCUGCUCCAAAAGGCACAGUGGUUGGGGAAGUGUUCGCCAGCGAUCGAGACCAAGGAGAUGAUGGAGUGGUAUACUACCUCAUUUUUGGGAAGAGCAGAAAGAAGGGCUUUGGCAUCAAUAAGAGAACAGGCCAGAUUUAUGUCACAGGUACUCUAGACCGUGAGAAAGAGGAAAAAAUUUCACUGAAGGUGUUGGCAAAGAACACAGGAAGCAUCCGUGGUGCAGAUAUUGACGAGGUGUUUGUGAAUAUUACAAUUCUUGAUGCCAACGACCCUCCUGUCUUUACCCAAGAACUGUAUGAUGUGCAGAUCAGUGAAGGUCUUUCGCCUGGUGGUCUGGUUACUUUUGUGAGUGCCGAGGACUCAGACUCUGUCCCAAGCUGGAGCAGAUUUUCAUACUCCAUUGCUCCUGAGUUUGAUAAAAAUGUUUUCACCAUCAACCCAAAAACUGGCCAAGUGUCUGUGGCUGCAGAGCUAGACAGAGAAACAACUCCUGUGUAUAAUCUUACAAUCCAUGCUGUGGAUACUGGCACACCUCCUGCAACCGGAAGCACUACCGUGAUUGUGAAUCUGGAAGAUAUCAAUGAUAACGGUCCAACUUUGACAACGGCUUAUGCUGAGGUAAUGGAGAAUCAGAGAGCUGGCACUGCAGUUACAACGCUAACAGCGUCUGACCCAGAUCUACCCCCAAACCAAGGCCCUUUCUUAUUCAGCCUUUUAAAUUCUGGAUCUGCCAACAGCUACUUCAGCCUUAGUUCAGCUGGAGUUUUAACCACCAGUCGGGAGAUCGACAGAGAACAGAUUAGCGACUUCUACCUCUCUGUUGUGAUCAAAGACUCGGGUGUGCCUCAAAUGUCUUCAACAGGAACAAUUCACGUCAAAAUAAAUGAUCAGAAUGACAAUCCUUCAGAGCCAAGGUCCAUGGAGAUCUUUGUCCACUACUUUGGGAACAUGUUUCCUGGGGGUUCUUUGGGAGAUGUCAAACCCCAAGACCCUGACAUUCAAGAUAGGUUUCACUGCUCCCUUAUUCCUCCAUCUUCUGGUCUGUUUAGUAUCCCGACUGGAACAUGCAACCUCAACUCUAAAGCCCGCUCGACAGAUGGAACUUUUGAAAUAACUAUCCGUAGCAGUGAUGGUGUCCAUGGCUCAGUCAGCAACACAGCCCGAGUCCUAUUCAUGGGGUUCACAAAUGCCACAGUGGACAACAGCAUACUCAUCCGACUCCAUUCUCAAGGAGUCAAAAGCUUCCUUACCAACCACUACCUCAGCUUCCUACGCAUUGCCAACUCUCAGCUAGCAGGCCUGGGCACAGGGGUGCUGCUUUAUGGAGCGUUUGAACUCAACAAUCAGACUUUCUUAAUGGCAGCUGUGAAACGGGGCCAUGGACAAUAUGUCAACCCCAGCGGCGUGGCCACAUUCUUCCAGAGUAUCAAAGACAUUUUAUAUAGGCAGAGUGGGGUGCAAAUAGAUGCAGUGGACCAUGAUCCUUGCACACGUAACCCGUGCCAGAAUGGAGGCAGCUGCAAGAGGCGUCUCAGUGUCGGGCCUGAUAUGAAGACAGAAGAAAGUGUCCCAGUGAUCCUUGUUUCCAACCACCCCCUGCAGCCCUACGCCUGCAGCUGCAGGCCAGGAUACACAGGAGCUCUGUGUGAGACAGACAUUGAUGAGUGCCAGCCAUCACCAUGCCACAAUGGCGGCACCUGCCACAAUCUGGUUGGAGGUUUCUCCUGCACCUGUCCUGAAGGUUUUACCGGGAUGGCCUGUGAGAGGGACGUCAAUGAAUGCCUUUCCAAUCCCUGCAAGAAUGGGGCGCUGUGCCAGAACUUCCCUGGCGGCUUCAACUGCCUCUGCAAAUCCGGCUUCGCAGGCAAAACGUGUGAUUCCAUCAUCAAUCACUGUGAGUGUAACCCUUGUUUUAAUGGCGGGUCCUGUCAGAAUCGGGUGGAUGGAUAUUACUGUCAUUGUCCAUUUGGGGUUUUCGGCAAACACUGUGAACUCAACAGUUAUGGCUUUGAGGAGCUUUCUUACAUGGAGUUUCCGUCCCUGGAUCCCAACAAUAACUACAUAUAUAUCAAGUUUGCUACCCUGAAGAGCAACGCUCUGCUUAUGUACAACCACGAUAACCAGACCGGAGACAAGGCGGAGUUUCUGGCUCUGGAGAUCUUCGAGGGGCGAAUGCGCUUCUCCUUCAACUUAGGAAGUGGAACUUAUAAACUGAUGACCAUGAUAAAAGUUUCAGAUGGGCAGUUCCACACAGUCAUUGCCAGAAGAGCCGGGAUGGCUGCAUCCCUGACUGUGGACCUGUGUGGCGAUGACCAGGAACAAGGCUACUGUGCUGUGAGCAAUGUGGCAGUACACACUGACUGGAUCCUGGACGUGCAGCCCAACAGGCUCUCGGUGGGAGGUGUCAGAUCAAUAGAACCCGUCCUUCAUCGGCGCGGUCAGGUCGCCACCCACGACUUUGUCGGCUGCAUCAUGGAGUUCGCCGUCAACGGGCGCCCGCUGGAGCCCAGUCAGGCGCUGGCAUCGCGUGGCAUCCUUGACAGAUGUCCGAGACUGGAAGGAGCCUGCACCGCCAGCCCCUGCAGACAUGGGGGAACCUGUUUGGACCACUGGUCCUGGCAGCAGUGCCAGUGCGUGGAUGGCUUCACUGGCAAAUUCUGUGAGAAAUACAUGACAGCAGACACCGCCCUGUCCCUGGAUGGUACUGGCCGUUUGGACUACUCCCUGAAGCAGGGCCCUAAACGUGAUGUCCUUCUGAGACAAUCACUGCAGGGUGUGACUUCUGAGCGAGCCAGUCCCAGCCGUUUGGAGGUCAAGUUCAGGACACGCAGCAAGAGCGGCACCCUGCUGCAUGUGCAGGAGAGCAGCAACUAUACAACCAUUAAGCUAAGGAAUGGCAACAUCCACUACAUCUCAGACGCGGGUGUCGGAGGAAAGGUGGAGCGAACCGUGGGAGACGCAGUUCUCUCUGACGGCCAGUGGCACACACUCCAGCUGGUCAAGAACGGCUCGACCACAGCACUCCAAGUAGACAGCAGCUACUCCAGGGUCAUCCAGCAUGCCACACAGGACUUUGGUGGUCUCAGUGUUUUAACCUUCUCCCUAGGAGGGAUACCACCCGGACCGGCUCAGCAGAAAACUGCAGCAGGUUUUGAUGGCUGCUUGGCCUAUGUGAAGUACAAUGGGGAGAACCUGCCAUUUACCGGAGAGCACAGCCUCGUCACCUUAACUAAGACCAGUUCAUCUGUCAAGAUCGGUUGCAGAGGUCCCAACCUGUGUGAGAGCAGCCCAUGCUGGGACGGCUUGAUGUGCGUCAACCAGUGGUAUACAUACCAGUGUGUUCCCCCUGGUGACUGCGCCUCUAAUCCUUGCCAGAACCAUGGCAGCUGUGUGCCAGACCCCCAGUCAGGCUUCACCUGUGUCUGCUCCGAGUUCUACACAGGCAAGACUUGUGAGACCUUGGUGGCCUGUCUGGGCGUCCAGUGUCCUGAGGGUACUGUCUGCAAGACGGCCAACAACGGAGCGUUUGUCUGCAGUCCAAGCCCUACAGCGGAGACGAUGGUCCUCCCCAUUUGGGCGGUUCCCGCUAUUGUUGGCAGCUGUGCCACUGUCCUUGCCUUGGUGGUUCUCAGCCUGAUUCUGUGCAACCACUGCAAGGGCCGUAACAAGACCAAAGUGCCAAAGGAACCCAAGGAGAAGAAACCCAAGGAGAAGAAGAAGAAGAAAAAGAAAAAGGGUAGUGAGAAUGUAGCUUUCGAUGACCCGGAUAACAUCCCGCCGUAUGGAGAUGACAUGACGGUACGCAAGCAACCAGAAGGGAAUCCCAAACCGGACAUUAUUGAGAGGGAGAACCCUUAUCUAAUCUACGAUGAAACAGACAUUCCCCACAAUAAUGAGACCGUCCCCAGUGCCCCCUGUGCCCCCUGUAAUGGCCCUGAGGCAGACAUUGAACACUAUGACAUAGACAAUGCCAGCAGUAUUGCCCCUUCGGAUGCAGAUAUAAUCCAACACUACAAGCAGUUCCGCAGCCAUACACCCAAGUUCUCCAUCCAGAGACACAGCCCACUGGGCUUCGCCAGACAGUCUCCCUUACCCCUUGGAGCAACAAGCUACACCUACCAGCCUCAAUACACUCAAGCACUGAGGUCCACCCCACUCAGCCACUCCCACUCUGCAUGCCCUACGCCAAACCCUCUCUCCAGACACUCCCCAGCCCCGUUCACCAAACCCUCAUCUUUUUACCGAAACACUCCAACCAGAGAACUCAACUUGGCUCGCCGUGAGGGCAGCCCGCUGGACCUGCACAAUGACAUGUGCCAGCCACCACCAAUGUUCAACUACGCCACCCGGCUGGGGAGGCGCAGCAAGAGCCCGCAGACAAUGGCCGGCCAUGGUCACACCUCCAGGCCCGGCAGUCGGCUCAAGCAGCCAAUCGAGCAAAUUCCCCUGGAGACAGGGCCUCCUGUGGGGCUGUCCAUUGAGGAAGUGGAGCGGCUGAAUACUCCACGCCCACGCAACCCCAGUAUCUGCAGCGCUGAUCACGGGCGCUCCAGCUCAGAGGAGGACUGCCGUAGGCCGCUGUCAAGGGUCCGUAACCCUGCUGAUGGCAUCCCUGCCCCAGAGUCCUCUUCAGAAAGUGACUCACAUGACUCCUUCACCUGCUCAGAGAUGGAGUAUGACCGGGAAAAGCCGGUGUCUUACAGCUCCCGAGUUCCCAAACUCUCACAAGUCAAUGAGUCAGAUGCUGAUGAUGAGGACUAUGGUGGGAGGCUCAAGCAGAGGCGAUACUCGAGCCGGAGGGCAGAAGGUGGGCCUGGCAUUUCCCAGAUGCCCCCUACUGACCAGCACUACACCCUGCCCCACAAACUGGGCCAGCAAGCUGGGGGCUUCAACUGGGACAAUCUGUUGAACUGGGGCCCUGGUUUUGGACAUUAUGUAGACGUGUUCAAGGACUUAGCCUUGCUUCCUGAGAACGCAGCAGCAAAAGACAUUGAAAUGAACAGUGGGGAUGGCUCAGUGACCAUUCUAAAUGAAGGAGAAGCUGAGCAAUAUGUAUGAGACUAUUUAUUACGAUGUUGUACAAUAUGGUGAUGUUCUCCAUUUAAAAAAAAGAAAAAGGAAGACUGUAUAUUUCAAGAGAACAUUGGACUACAUGUUUUUUACAUUAUUCAAGAUUAUAAGACGACUUUCAAUGCAGUAAGGCAGAAAAAUGGCACCUGUAAUCUGACAGAUUUUGUCAUUAGCCACCUUGGAAUAGUUUACCAGUCUUUUCUAGGUCCAAACUGUACAAUCAUGCAUUCAUCUCUCUGAGGCCUCAUUACAGCGUAUCCAUUGACACCGAAAGGCUCAAAAAAGAGAAAAAAGAAAUCCAUGUCUGAAUUCCAUUCACUGACUGCAAAGCUCCAUUCAUGCUAUCUUGAUCAAACAUUUCUGUUUUUUAUUACCAAUAUUGCCUCUCCUUUCCAAAAACUUCUACAAUUCACAGCUGAGAGAUAAGAAGGUAGAUAAUAUUAACACUCACAGGAAGAGAAUUCCAAUGGGCUGUGGAGCAAAAGAAAACUCCCGGUUUCAGUCUUUUUAGGGGUCAAUUUUUAAUUUACUUAAAAGGAAGCAUGUGUGUUUGAUCUGACUGCACCUGUACGUGACAGGACACAGCCUUCGGUGUGAAAGUAAGUGCACCAUUUUGCUCGCACGGUAUGGCGGACCUCACCACUGUUAUGAUCCCUUUUCUCUGUGUCUAUCUUUACUGGUGUGUUUUCUCACAGAAGACUGGCUAAACGCUCCAAGAGUGAGGAUUAAUCAAGUCCCCUGCCUUACAGACAUUUGAGGAUUUCAGCUCGGGGGAGGACUUUUCCUCUUCUGUUUUUCUGGCCUAAGUUCAGUAGGAGAGGAGGUUUUGGGGGGAUAGUGUUGUUUGUCACAAAUUUGAGUUAGCAUUUUCUGACCUGCCAAGUGUUUUUUGGGCAACGACGAUGAUGAUAAUGAUGAUGUAUGGAUCUUAUAAACAUGACCCCAACUAAAACACUAUGAACUUGUGUAAAUUUUUUUAAUUCAUGAGAAAUCAUGGAGUCAUUUGUUGUUGGUGUCCUUGUCCAUUAUUUUGACAUGUAUGGUUUCUACAUUUUUGUACUGUUUAUUAACUUAAAUUACUUAAGCUGUGUUUUUAUGGAUAUUUUCAUAUGCUGAAAUGUAUGUCCUUACUUUCGGGGAAAGUAAGAUUGAAGACUUAUUUUUUACAUUUGUUACAUAUGUAACAUCAGUAUUUUCCACUUUUGAUAAAACUAUAACAUGCUGUAUGCUUUGUACCUGUAAAAAGCCAAUAACAGAAUAA